AGAAGCUGUCGGUGUGUGUGUGUGAUGAUCCUCAGAGCAGGACUGACGCGCUCAGACCCCUGUGUUCGGUUCCUCCACAUCAGCAAAACAUGGAGAGUGAAGUAUUACUGCGUCAUUAUGCUGAAGACGAGGAUGAAGGACAGAAGAUGACGAGGCCUGAUGCUUUCAUUCCUCUGGAGGGCGAGACUGAGGUCGCUGUGAGGAGAGGAAAACCAGUCCUCGUCAGAUCUAAAACGUUUGACCCUUCAUUACUUCUGCAAAUCCAGAGUGACUCUGAACUGAAGUGUGAACGCAGGAAACCGCAGUCCUUCCAGUUUCCGCGCACUAAUUCUCAAUAUCACAAAGUGUUCAAGGACGUCAGUGAGGAGGAGCAGCUCAGGCAGAGUUAUACGUGUGCCCUGCAGAAAGAUAUUCUCUAUCAGGGUCGACUGUUCGUCUCCGAAAACUGGAUCUGCUUCCAUUCCAGAGUGUUCGGAAAAGACACAAAGAUCGCCAUUCCAGUGUCUUCUGUGAGCGUCAUCAAGAAAACCAAAACCGCCAUCCUGGUGCCGAACGCUCUGGUGAUCUCCACCGCACACGAGCGGCACGUGUUUGUUUCUUUUCUGUCUCGAGACACAACCUACAAGGUCCUGAUGUCCGUCUGCCCACAUCUGAUCGAGGAAAGUCCUGGAGUGGCUCAGAGCAGCAUUAGAGCUCAUCUUCAUCAUCAUCAUCAUCAUCAUCCUGCAAUACUCACUGCAGACUUCAGUGCUGAUCUGUCAGAUCUGGACGCUCCUGAGAGACAGACGGGUCAGCGGAUAGAGGACAGCAGCAGCUCAGACUGUCCAGAGGCUCCAGAGUACAGCAAAACACCCAGUGAGGAGUUCCAGAAACGCUCUCAGGUGACAAAACGAGACGAUGAACUGGAUCCACACACCAAACAAGAGACGGACAGUGCUAAAAACCUGCCAUACACUGCAUCAGCCGAUCUGGAGCUCAUGAAGACGCUCAGACCUGUUUCUCUCUCUCUGAACACACUGGUGCUGAUCUACCUCUCACUGGUGUGUGUGCUGCUCUUCUCCUCCUGUUAUAUGGCCUUUAAGAUGGUCAGUCUGGAGGAGCGGCUGACGGCUCUGCUCUCCAUGGAGCUGCCACACAAAAGGGAUGAACACAUGAGUGUGCACGCUGGAGAUUCAGCUGAGAUCUGCUCUGUUCUGUCCGCCAUUCUCCUGAAGCUGGAGAAGAUUCACAGGAGCCUGCAGAGACUGAUGGAGACGGUGACGGACUGAGACGCUUCAACUGCUGUCAACAAACCAUCAUAAUGAGGAGUAAUUAAUCACGCUUCUCCUCUGCUGAACCCACUCUUGAGAUGUUGUGUGUGAGAGUGUGUUAGUCAGGUGUGUGUCCUCCUCAAGGGUCUCCUGUGUGUAGCACUAGUGUCCUCCACAUCUCCUCCUUCUGAUGUGAUUUCUGUCUGUUGUAGCUGUGGAAUAACUCUAAUCAUUCAGCGGAGUGAUAUGGAGCUGUAAUGCGCUCUAAACCUGCCGGAACUACUUUAGCUGCGCCUUUAUCUGACAAUAACCAAAUAUUGUAGAGGGACCAUCAACCUAUCAGAAUUAAGCACUCAGCAGUCCUGUAGUAUAAAUGAGGAGUUCACAUGCAAAAACCUCUGAAGGCCGUCUGAAAUUUUCUCCUGAAAUGAGCAUUUUUCUCAGCCUCCUACAUUUAUGUGCAGUUAUUUCACUUUAAAUGGAAUUGUAGAAGUCCAUCUAUUAGCCCAAUGAUGAAACUAACAGCAUGGUCGAAGGUUAAAUGCAUGUAAGUCUUUUCUAAUGCUUCUAAAAAUAAUUUUGAAUUUAAUCUGACUCCAAUUGUACGUGAUACUAAAAUUUAGACUGUGUUUCUAAUUGUAAGAACGGAUCACAGUCAUCAUUGAUGACUUAAUUUAGAGUUUGAUUGAUACCUGUUCCCUUACUCUCCAGUUAUACGUUCAUUAGGGACCAAACGCCGCUCAGAGUUCCACGCCCCGUGUUUGCGUGUCUUCUCACGGACAGUAUGUCUACACUCUGAAGUUAGUCAGAGGGUGCAGGAUUAACUCAUAUUCAAAUAUGCCAGUUGCAAACUACUCACUCGUUUCUAAAAGAAUAGAAAAUUUAGCCAAGCCUGUGCAUCUUGCUACUUUCAGUGAAGGAAUGGGUUUUAAACCACAGCGGUUUGAACUGUAGUUCUGCUGAAUGACUAAACAGUUUUCAGUAUUGAUGGUAAAAACUGUACAUUUCUAGUCAAACCAUUCUUCUGCAAUCUCAUACCAAAAAAAUGGAAAUAAGGGCAGUAUUCCC